AGCCACAUUCUUUGGACACGCCAUAUUGACAGCGUUAACAUACCUAAAGGGCUUUUUUAAAUUAAAAUAUUCUGUAUUCUUUGAAGAGUACAUGCAACAUUCUUCCAACGAGGCUGUCGGUACGGGUGGAAUAAAAUGGGCGAGAUAUUUAAAACUAGCAACCAAGUAGUAGCAUUACAUGUAUUGGCUUCUGUUGUGUUUCAUUAGCUGGCAACAGUGGCUUGACAGCUCCUCGGAGACAUAAAAUAUGACAUUGUGUCUAGUUCCGUGAAUUAUUUUAGGUUAGAUUCAGUUAUGUAGUUACGUAGCUACGUCGGUUGCCAUGGAUUAUGUUUCACUUCGUGUCACCUGUGCUGCGCUAACUCAUACUGCUGGCUAGCUAGCGAAGUUAGCAAACAGACGAGCUCAAUUGAACUAGCUUAGCUAGCUAGCUUUAUCGUGCUGUAACGCUCAGAAGGACAGAAGCAUACGCUACCUAGCUUGCAAGUCAGUGGUAUUUGUUAUUUACUUGGUUGAAGUAGCUAAAUUAUAUAUGUUAUUAUGGCGAUUAAGAAAGGGGAAGGCACAGAGAAGCUCGGUUUGGGUGUCGGGCUGCGCAGCCGACCGAGUUCAAAUGAAAGAGACGGACAAGUACGAGCUGUCAAAGCCUCCCUUCUGGUGAGAUUAGGACCGUACGAACCUCUCCUGACCUACCUGCAGUCAGUACUGGUGUGGGAAAGACCGCUUCACAGCGUGUUGCUGUACACCGUGAUUAAUGCUGUGUUCUGGUCCUUUGUGCUGACGUCUCUGCGGCUGCUGUCGCUGCUGUCCGCGGCCCUGGCCUGCGUUGUGUGUGCGGACACCUGGAGGAACCGCAUCUGGCCAAAGAUCAGGGUAAAGCGGGCAAGUGAUACUGAAAACGACAGCUGGGGACUGGUGCAUCCUGGGAUACUCAGCGUUCCGGAACUGUGUCAUCACAUGGCCGAGGCAUGGGUCAGCGCGUUGACCCUCACAGCGAGCUGCGUGAAAUUCAAACGGCAAAAUCCUGGCAAGUUCUGUGUCCUGGUGUGCAGCUUCUUUACCUUGCUGGCAAUGGUGGGGCACUAUAUUCCCGGCCUGGUGCUCUGCUACUCUGCUGUGCUGGGGGCUCUGCUGUUCCCGCUGGCGGUGCAGCGUGGGGCGUGGCCCAGGCUGUGUGUGCUGCUGGAGCCGGCCCUGCGGCGACUGGACUUCAGCACCGGCGGCUACAUGAUGGCACAGCCCAAACAGAACCAGUUCCUCUGCAGGGCCGUCCGUCACAUGACCCCAGACGAGGCCAGUGACAGCGAGGAGGAGCUGGCUUCAUUCUGUCCCACGCUGGAUGACGCGGUGGUAGCCCGGGAGCUGGCCAUCACAGACUCGGAGCACUCCGACGCCGAGGCCUCCUACACGGACAACGGCACCUUCAACUGGUCCAGAGGCCAGACCCCGCUCACGGAGAGCUUGGAAGACCUGGACCGGCACAGCGACCCGGAGGAGUCCUUCGCCCGCGACCUCCUCGACUUCCCGUCCGUCAACCCCGACGCCGCGGCCCUGGAGGACGACGAGGACACCAGCAUCGGGCUCCCCAGCCUGGGGCCGCCGGGCGCGGCGGGGCCCCGCGGGGCCGCCCUGCCGGACCUGGAGGACCCGCUGGACUCGGACGCGGAGGACGAGCUGGACUCGGAGCUGUGCUUCAGCGGCCUGACCUCGGCCCUGACCUCCGGCCGCGACCUCAGCGGCGAGGUGGCGGGCGCCAUCGCCAGCGGCAUGAUCCAGGCCGCCCUGGCGGGGGCGCUGCAGCCUCACCCCCCCGCCGGGCGCGGCCCUCCCCGCGGCUUCCGCCACCAGUCCAGCUCCGAGCUCGACACCGACCUGGACGGGGAGGAUUUCGAGCUGCUGGAUCAGUCCGAGCUCGGCCAGGCCGACCCCUCCGGGGGCCCGCGCUCCAGGACCCAGGGGUCCGGCUUCCUGUCCAACCUGCUGGGAAAGCCCCAGUGAAGACGUCCCGGCGCGGGGCCGGGGUUGUUGUUCGGCGGUUUGUCGAUGUGAAUGCGUAUGAAGGCGGAGGAGGGGACACGGUGCAUGUCCGGACUUGUUCUUUAGUCCCAGCAGCCAGAGGCAACCUGUCUUCAGCUGCCUUCAGAAUCACUGUGAAGUUGUUGUUUUUUUUUUUGUCAUUUACAUUUUCUUACCGAAAUGUACCGAAGCUGUUCUUGUCAUUUGAUCCAAUCCAGGCAAGAGUCUUUAUUUUGUGUUGCAGAGCAAUAGGAGACAUCUACUCGAAAGUAAUAGAAUACUACACAACAUGUGGUACAUUUUAUAAAAUGGGUGAUAGCAAUUUCUCAUGAGAAAAAAAACAAAAAAGUAGCGGCGGAAUUAAGAAGUGUUUAUCUUUGCUAUAGGUAGUUGCGCAGAAAACAGUUGCUAUUCCUGACGUCUCUGUCAGAUUGUUUGUUGGCAAAAAAUACAAAAUAAAAAGGAUUUUAUGUGAGCAAUAUCAGGUUUCCCACAGACAAGGUUUGUCAUCGUAUAAAUAGCACACUGUGACUCUGAUGCAUAUUUUUACAUUUGGCAGACACUCCUGUCUAGAGUAAGUUUUAAAAUGUAAAGUGUAAAAGUGAAAUACCUCAGCAUCCUUCCUGAGAUCAGCAGCAAACUUAAUAUAAGUAAAUAAUGAUACCCUUCUCAUCUUUAAAGGCCGAAGACUGUUUUUUAAAUGUUAAAUGUUUUACUGUGAUCUAAUCUACCAGUGAUCCAGUGUUGUAUACAUUCAAUUAGCUCAUUUAGCCAGGAUAUCUGGUAGAAACAGAAUUCCACCCUUAAUCUAUGAUGUAAUUUAAUGGGAGCUAAUUACGUGAAAUUCUGUGUCCGGUUCAAAGAGAAGUACUGCAUGUGGUAAUUAACACACGUUUUCUCUUUUAUUCAGGAGUAUUCACCAGUUAAUACAUGGAUGUUAUUUACCAGUAAGAGUUUGCAUUUUCAUCAGGAGAUUUGACUUUUUAAAGUAACUAUAAAGAGAAACAAAAUACUAAAGGUGAAAACACCUGCAGACAAUUGCAUAUAAAGCCAUUUAUGAAAUAGUUUUAUUACACAUUUGAAUAAAUCACCUGAAAAACGUUUAUCUCAAAUGUAAAUGGGGCAAAAAUACAGAAUAUCCAUCUGUACUGUGCCAGAUGGUGAUUAUGGCAAUAUACCUGAGAGAUCAGAAAAGUUUCAAGGUUUUCAUUGAUCCUUCUAUUUCAAUUUAUUACCUACAAAUCACAGGUCAAUUACUUAUUGAUCACAUUACAGCUGCUUGGGAACAAAUUUUGUGUUCCCAAUUCCAUUUUUUCUUUAGUUUUUGGCUUGGCAUGCCUGUUACAUUAAGCUUCCCACAUCAUCGGUCAGGUGUUGUCACUAAAUAACCAGCACGUGGGUACACGUUUGAAGUUUCUGCAUGUUUUGUGCAAUAUGGGUUGCUUGCCUCAUUUUUGUGUAGUUUAUACCAGUAAAACGUAAAAAGUGUCCCCCUGGCUUAUUUUGUCCUGUGACGCUUCAAAUUUAAAGUUACCCCAGUUCACCAACAGAAAAUUUUUGUAUUCAAUAUUUUUUUUCAAAAAUGAAAGACUUAACUAACAUGGUAUAGAACUCUAAAGGAGUACAAUUUUGUUUUAAUGUAUUUUCAUUUGAAUCUGCAACACUGCAAAAUGAGAUUAUAUAGAUGAUUAUGAUCUGAUAUUAUUAUUAUUAUU